UAAUCAGGCCUCUUUUCUUCUUAUGCCUAUUCGAUUUUUUCCCCAACAACCCUGAAAUUGUAUAGCGACAACGGCAAUCCCGCUAGUUUUGAUCUACCAAUUACAACUGUAAGUGUAAAAAGAGCAUUUUCAGCUUUGAGUUAUAUUAAGAACAAGUUUUCAAGUCGAUUUGGCAACCAGUUUGCUAAUACUUAUGUAGUAAGAUACAUUGAAAGAGACUUAUAUAAUAGUGUAGACAACGAAUGUUUUUGCGUUUCUUUCACUAUAUGAAAUUUCUUCGUAGUUGUUUCUGAAAAGUAUCAUUGUAUAAUUGGUUAUUUUUAAUUUAUGAAUGAAUUAUUCAGAUAUAAUUAUUAUUAAUUAUUUUUUUAAAAUAAUUCUUUUAUUAGAUACUUAUAUAUUUAAGUUAUGAAAAAAGGACGAGAGUGGUUUGAAAUGCUGUCUCCGCUACGGACCACAUCCUCUAACGCUUUAGGUAAAAUAUUACGAUUAUUUAUGUGGGUUAAGAGACUAUCAUUGUUCUUGUGAUUUAAGGGAGCUUUUCUUGUGGACAAGACAAUGAUUGUUCGUGCCUUUGCGAUCCAGCGAUCACUCUGCCGCGGCAAGUCGGGAAGUUUGUGAUGUCAUCUAGUCGCUAUUAAUGAAAAGACCCCUUACUGCCGAGGCUUGAUCCAAGAUUGUCAUGCGCUGGCCCAAAACACGGCGGGACUGAAUCAAAACACGGCCGUGUCCAACAUUAGGCACGACCGUGUUUUCCCCAAGGUGUGGCCGUGUUUUUAACACGGGGCAAAACACAGGCGGGUAAAACCAAAGCACGGCCGUGCCCUCGACCGUGUUUUGCCCAGGGUCGGCCUUUUAGGCAAAUUUGAGCCAAAGAAGAAGGGGUUCCGAGUUUUAGAGAGAGAAAGCGACGAACCAGAGUUCCCAAGUGCCCUAGCUUGAUCUUCAUCACCAUUGGAGCCCGACUUGAGCUUGGAGAAGUGCCGAUUAACGACCAGGAGCAGAAACCCAUCCUUCACAGUAUGGUUUCCGCAUCUGAAUCUGCUUUUGCUUCUCUCUCCAUGGAGUAGUUUUCCCAUUCAUCUGGGUAUGGAGAACCCUAGAUUUGUAUGUUAGGUCUGAUUGUAUGAACCCAGGUACAGAUUUUAUGAUUUGAUUAUAUUCAAUUGAGGCUUGAAUGAUUAAAUGACUUGAAUCCUGAUAAAAUUCCUGUUAUUUCUGCUUUAGCCUAGAAAGAGAAUAUCUGCCUAGGUUAAUAGAGCACCCUUAAUUGAAGGUAGUGAAUUGGCGACUUUAGUCGAGGAGACAAUUCACUAUUCUGUAUCGAAUUUACUUCGGUAGUGGAGGUUUGGUUCGUUAGGCCCUCAAUCUGUUUACUCCGUUGGAGGUUAGUCGUCCGCUGGGGACUCAGAUUGAGACGGUCUGGAGACCUUUAGUCGAGACUUCAGACUGUUUAAGAACCUCCCGCAGUAUAACUAUCAUAGAAACUGAACUUGGUAAAUUGCAAUCGGGCUUAACUGCAGUCUAGGGGGAACCAUAUCCAGAUGACCUCUCUCGACUUGAAAACAACCGUUUAAUUGGUUGCUUUACUUGUUUGAAUUGUUUGAACUUGCACUAAAGUUUCACCACUAGAUAAUAAGAAUUCGCUGAGUAGUUAUCACAUCUAGGACCCGGGUUGACAUUAAAACCCAAACCCGCUAUACUACGCUUUAGGAAGUGGUUACACUUGGCCAUUUUCUAGAGUGACAGUAGGAGUGAGUCAAGUUUCUGGCGCCAUUGCCGGGGACGGCUAGGUUGUUGAAGAAACGUGAAUUCUGUUAAUUUAGCUUUUCUUUUCGCAUUGUUUGCUUUGUCUCACUUGUGCCUUCACGGGUUUGCUUGCUUGACUGUGUGCAGGUAGUGCAUGACCCGUAGCCAGUCGGGAAGUUUAAUGUCGUUGAAUCCGUAGCUUGAACGAACUUGUCUCCAACUCAGGAGACAACAGCAAGCUAGACUCGCUACGGAGGAGCACAUAGACGGCCAUUUGAGCAGCGAGUCCGAGGACGAGUACGAGAUGGAAGGAGAUUACAAUCCACACCAGGGGAAUCCUCACCAGGUUCCCCCGGCGAAUCAAAUCAUUGGGAACAACCCCAUACCCCAGGCAGAUGGGGUUCAUCAUCAUCCACCGCCGCGGGGUCUCACCUUGGAGUACUACUACACUCCACGGAUUGCUGACAUUCACCCUGUCAUCCUCUAUCCGCCCAUUCCAGCGAACAACUUUGAGAUCAAGCCAUGCUGGAUUCAACUCAUUACAUCCUCUAUCCAGUUCCAUGGCUUGAAGGAUGAGGAGGCAAGGGUGCAUCUUUCCCGUUUUUUGCAGCUGACGAAUAGGUUCAAGCUAAACGGUGCCCCUGAUGACGCAAUUCGCCUUCACCUCUUUCCCCAUUCUUUGGCGGGGAAUGCUAAGAGGUGGUUGGAGACCCAGCCCGCAUUGUCCAUCACUUCUUGGGAUGAUCUGGCCAACAAGUUCGUGAACAGGUACUAUUCGGCAUCGAAGACCACAGAGAUCCAGCGGGAGAUCACUCACUUCCACCAAGAGCCAGACGAGUCACUUCGUGAUGCAUGGGAGCGGUACAUGGGAUUUUUCUGGCAGUGUCCCCAUCAUGGCUUUAGUGAUGCAUUCACCGUGGGGAACUUCUACAGUGCUCUCUGUCUGGACAGCCAGAGGGUGAUUGAGUCUCUAUGCCCAGGAGGGGAUAUUCUUACUAAGACCCCACCCGAACUCAACCAGAUGAUCAGUACACUGGCUGCCAGAGAUCAUUCAUGGGGGCAAGGCACCAAAGACAGGAAUUCCAGGGAACGUGGUGUGCACGCCAUGGAGGCCAGGUCCGGGCUCGAGCAGCAGGUGGCCGAGUUAGUGCAGACAUUGAAGCAGCCCAACAGUCUUAUUCCGUGAAGAGGUUUGGCUACACCUCCAGUAGCUCAAUGUCAGUGGUAUGAGAGCCCAAAUCAUCUGUUGGAAGACUGCCAGGGUAUGCGGGAGUCAACUACUCCCCAAGAGCAGUUGGACUUCAUCGCCAAUGCUUGGCACUUUGACCCCUACAGCAAUACAUACAAUGAGGGGUG